AUGCAGAGCACUUGGAGAGUUACGGACAGUGAGUAUAAGACGAUGGAUACCAGGAGAAGAGAAGACGAAGAAGAUGAUGGAGUUGGUGAUGAAGACGAAGAACGCUCUUUAAACGGCCAAGGAGGAAAAAAGAGUCGAAAAGGCGCUGGCUGGUCCACCGUCUUCUUGAGUCCCUCUACUUAUAAUAAUCUCAUAAUAAUAGCUUCCUUUAUUUAUUAUCCCCAUCGCCACAGCAGCGAAAGACUGGCUGGCAGUGAAGCAGCAGCGCAGAAGAAAAAGCAGGCUUGGUUCUUGUCUUGUUUCUUCUUCUUCUUCUUCUUCUUCUUCUUCGUCUUCUUCUUCUUCGUUCUUAUUAUUAUCUUGUCCAUCAUCAUCUUCUUGGUGAGACAGCAGCUGGUUUGA